GUCCGCGCUUAGGCUUCAUAAAGUCAGAGGAGCGCUUGUAGAAUAAUAUACAUUAAGAGACAAUCAGCUGUGACGCUCCAUCGUGUGUGUCAAACAUAUAGUACUCACAACUUUUUUUAUUAUAAGCUUUGCGUUCUCACAAACCAGGACCUUUUCUGGAAUAUUAUACGUUUGGAAAUAUUAAUUUAGAAACGUGUGACGCUCUGUGACAGACGUUUGCCGGGAAUACUCGAACUGAACCUGCAUAUUCAACCACUUUUAAGAGUCAACAAUGGCAGAGACGGUGGCAGCUCCAGCCCCAAAAGCUAAAAAGGCGAAGGCACCCAAGAAAGCUGCUUCACACCCGAAAUACUCGGAUAUGAUUAUGGCGGCCGUCCAGGCAGACAAAAGCCGUGGAGGUGCGUCCAGACAAUCUGUCCAGAAGUACAUCAAGAGCCACUACAAGGUGGGAGACAAUGCCGAUUCCCAGAUUAAGCUGUCUCUGAAGAGGAUGGUGAGUGGCGGGGUCCUGCGCCACACCAAAGGCAUCGGCGCAUCAGGCUCCUUCAAACUGGCUAAAGCAGAGGACACCAAAAAGGCGCCUAAAGCUAAAGCCGUUGUGAAACCAAAGAAGUCGCCUGUGAAAGUCGCCAAGCCCAAGAAGGUAGCAAAACCCAAGAAGGUGGCCAAAUCACCAGCAAAAGCCAAGAAAGCGAAAGUGUCAGUGAAGAAAGUGAAAAAGUCCCCGAAGAAAGCGGCACCAAAGCCCAAGAAAGUAGUAAAGAAAGCCAAGGUGGCAAAGCCAGCCAGGGCAGCCAAGCCCAAGAAGGCCAAAGCUGCAAAACCCAAACCCAAGGCAGCAGCCAAGAAAGCCACAAAGAAAAAGUAAAAUGGACAUCACAGAGAGACUUGUAAAUACUUUGAGGAAAUGUUUCUGUAUAUGUCAUAUUAUUUUUGUAUGGUCUCAUGCGAAUUGAUCCGUUUUUACAGAUCGUUUUCCACUCCAUUGCACUAUAUGAUGCUGUAAAAAGUGGGUCUGGAAUUAAAGCAUUUUUUUUGUAACAGCAUUAAUUGUUAGGCUACUAUUUAUUACUCCUCUCUGAACCUUGGAAACCUGAGGCAUAUGGACCUGUUAGAAAAUGUAUGUGACACUAAUCAGGAAUUAUUAUUGAUUAGGCUAUUGGAACAAGUGAAUAGUUCUUGAUCUCUGUGCACGAGGUCAUUCUGAAAAUACACUUGUUUCAAUAGCGAGCAUUGUUGAGCUACACAAAGUAUAGAACUGUGUAGGCAUGGGCAUCAGCAAGAUUUUCAAGUGAUGGUAUGGCUCCAAAUGUGGACUCUAUGCUAUUUUUUGUAAACCAACCAUGCCAUGUUCCAUUAAUUCAGUCUAUUUGUAAUGAACUGCAGACUAUGUAUUGCAUCACUUUUGAAACUGUUUAUACUGUAAUACAAUGAACUUUUCUCAUCUUCUAAA